UCGGCCUCCUGGUGACGUUCAUGGCCCUGGCCCUCAUGCAGCGUGGCCAGCCCGCCCUGCUCUACCUGGUGCCCUGCACACUGGUGACAAGCUUCGCCGUGGCGCUGUGGCGCCGGGAGCUGGGCGUGUUCUGGACGGGCAGCGGCUUUGCGAAAGACCUACCUCAGCCUCCCUGGGCCCCAGCCCCUGCCGACAGCCCGCAGCCUCCCAAGGACUCGGACGCGCCCCUGUCCCCAUCCCCGCAGCCUCCUGGAGAAGAACCGGCCAAGUCUCCCCCACCGGCCAUCGAGCAGCCCCGGGAACCGGCCUCGUCCGAGGAGACGGGGGCCACAGCCCCCGCCCAGGAGCCCGGGAGCCCGGCCGGCAGCACCCCUGAACCCGCGGGCCGGGACCUGGCCCUGCCUGACCCAGAGGCCCGGCCCCGCGCCUUGGCCUAGGGGAGAGGGAGCAGGACUCGCCCACUGCGCCCGCAGGACGAGGACAGGCGCGAGAUGCCCGCGGACUGCACCCGCUCGGCCGCCC